AUGGCUCCAAUUACCAAAACCACUCUUUUAAUUUCACUCCUAGUACUUCUUUACACAUGCUCAGCAAAUGGCAUCCGUGAUGUUGUCUUCUCUAACGGUGUCAUGAACCCACUCGGGCGGAAGCUUGCACUGGUUGAUGCGAUGGUAGACGAUUACAACGAUCCAGGUGCCAAUCCCAAGCAUGAUCCACGGAAGGGCGGUGGACAUGGCCCACCGGCUAGCACAUGA